AUGGAUACUUUUUUACCAACGCGCUCAUGGAACCCGCCGCCAUAUUCAGCUUCGUCAAUAUCGCCUAAAGAGACAUCAUCUACAUCAUCUUUACCCACGCCACCUCAGCCGGAGCAAUGGAAAUCACCCCCCUAUAACAGUAGAAAUGAAUUGACAAGAGACAGUUUAUAUAAAUCACCUUUGUUGUUUUCAAGCACAAAUAUGAUGACAGAACAGCAGCAACAUCAACAUCAACAGCACUCACCCAACAUGCAACAACAUCAUAACAAACCCCUUGAAUCUUCAUACUUCCAAUAUACAUCAAAGGCAUACCAUCUUCAACAGCAACAGCAAAAGAGGGACUUAUCAUCCAGCCCCUCUUCAUCGCUUCAUUCGUAUCAUAACACUACAUCGAAUAAAGUAGACCAUGACAUUGAUCAAGUAGUUUUACAAUGCAACACAUUGAGCGACAUCAUGAUUCAACACAAAGAUCAAUUUAUCAAUCAUCAUCAUCAUGAGUACUCAUCAACUAGACCAUUAUUGGAUGACAUGAUUGGAAGAGCAAAUGAGGUAUUAAAUGCCUUAUUGAGACUUCGUAAGCAUCAGAUUGCAUCAGAGCAAUACCAAUGCCGCUUGCUUCAACAACAGAAACAAGCAGCCGCAGCCGCAGAGCAUCAGCGUCUCCAACACCAUAAUGAAGCAGAAUCUGAUGCAUGGCGCUCAUCAUCUGCUGAAUCUGUAACCAACGUCAACAAUCAUGCCAGACAGCGUAAAAGAGGGAAGCGUCCUCAGUUUCGAGGUAGAUGCCAUUCUUGUAACAUAUCCGAAACACCAGAGUGGAGAAGGGGUCCUGACGGAGCACGUACCCUUUGCAAUGCUUGUGGCCUUCAUUACGCUAAAUUAGCCCGUAAACAGCAAGAGAAUCGAGGCAUGAGCAAUAGCCUUUUAACUACACCACCACACCGAAGAUUUAGUACAGGCAAAUUAACACCUCCCGCAGAUGAAAUCAUUAUCGACAGAUCACCCACCGGUUGA